AUGCGAAAGUUGGAAUGGGACGACAUGGGAGUGAAGGUUGAUGGUCGGCAGCUACACCAUUUGCGCUUUGCUGAUGACAUCGUACUGAUAACACCUAGCAUCAGCCAAUCGGAACGAAUGCUGACCGAAUUCGACGAAACAUGUGGAUGCAUCGGUCUUCAGCUGAAUCUACAAAAGACGAUGUUCAUGCGGAACGGAUGGGUCUCGGAUGCCCCAUUCACGCUCAACGGAACGAACAUAUCCGAAUGCACCAGCUACGUUUAUGUGGGUCGGGAACUAAACAUGAUGAACGACCUGACCCCCGAGCUGGGCAGGAGGAGACGAGCGGCUUGGGGAGCGUAUAAGAGCAUUGAGGAUGUAGUGAAGAAGACCAGGAACACCCGGCUCCUUGCUCACCUCUUCAACACCACCGUACUUCCUGCUUUGACCUAUGCUUCGGAAACCUGGGCAUUUCGCAAGCAGGAAGAAAACGCGACACCACCUUCUCAACAGAAGUCCGAGACCAAAGGAAUAUCCAAACCAAUAACAAAGGGAUCUGCAAAGUCAAGCAAAGCUGCUGUGGCUACAAUUCAAUCUGAUUCAGUGCUCAAACCCAGCAAUAUGUGCAGAGACAUUAGAAAGGGUGAACCACAAACAGUUUUCAACACCCAACUCUCCGACCGACUUACAGGAGAGAUCACUGUGAUGGAAAAUGAGACAAAAGCCAUAUCCAAGGUAGAUGUUCUCCUUGAUACCGGAGCGGAAACAUCAUUCAUCGACAGUUCACUUGCAGCAAAGUUACACCUUCCUGUGCUCGAACAUAAGACAAUUAGACUGCACACGUUUGGAACGAAAGAAACUAAGCAAGAAAAGUGUGCGCUAGUCAGAUUGAAAGGAUGGGAUGACGAAGGAACUCUGCAUUCACUAGAUCUGUUGACCUAUGAGGUUUUGACUAGGUCUUUUUCAUCACUGCAAGUGUCAAUAGAGGAUCAGAGUUUCCUGAACUCCCUCGACAUUUCGCUACCCAUACGAAAAGAUAAAAAAUUUGUCAAACCUCUCAUACUCCAUCACUUAUGGUCAUUUAUGAGGUGCGACAAAUCUGCAAUAUCUUUGCCAUCAGGAUUGUAUCUUUUGCCAACCAAGCUAGGACCCAUAAUAUCAGGAAAAGCGAAGUCAAUAACAUCCAAAACGGCUCAGUCAAUGACAUCUCAACUGAUUCAAGUUUUUCCUUAUGUAGAUGACAUCAGUCACUGGGAUAGUACCUGGUCCAUGGAUGAUGCUAGUGAAACUCAAGUGAAUAUGAUAAGACCUACAGUGUCAGACAUAACCGAAGACCGAAUCGGACAAAUCGCAAUAAUAUCGGAUGUAGAGAAGGCUUUUCUAAAAGUACGAUUACAAGAAGUAGAUCGUGAUGCAACUCGAUGUCUCUGGUUUAGAGACCACAACUCGCCUCCUACACUGGACAAUAUUCAAACGUUCAGAUUCACCAGGGUCACAUUCGGAAUCAAGUCGUCUCCAUUCCUGCUGGCAGGGACAACGUACUAUCAUCUCGACAACCAUACCGAAGAAGCACCUUUGUGCGAGAGGCGAUCAAAUCUCAGGUUGCUCAAAACGCCAUUGAUUCUGGACAAAGGCGACACACCACGACUCGCCAUGGAGAGUGUCGCAGACUGUGUACGUACAACGCAAGAACAGUGUCCACAGACGCUGACCAGCAUGCCCUUCUCGGAGAUGCAGAGCGUAUCAAAUUUCACGUGA